AGCAUUCCAUUCGUUUUGAUUUUGUAGAAUUUCAAAAGAAAUACAAAAAAUAAAUAUAGAACGAUGGAUUUGAAAGCAAAAGGGGAGAAAAACUCUGUAAUUGAACGCACAUACCCGCCUAAAUAAUCGGUGAGAAAUUGGGAAGACUCAACGAAACACUUCCAAGUACGAAGAUCGAACACCAUGUUUUCAAUUGCAGCUAUUAACGAUACAGAUUCCAAAAACCAGUGGGAACCCCUCGCCCCUACCAAAGAAGCUCAGGAAUUCCGACUUUCACAAACCUAUCAAGAAGGGCUUUUGAAGUUACAGGCAAAGGAGUAUGAAAAGGCUCGUGAGCUUUUAGAAAACGUAUUAAAAGACCCUCUUCUUCCAAAUGGCCAGGUUGAUAAUUGUGGUAGUGAUGGACAUCUACUGCAACUGAGAUUUUUAACACUGAAAAAUCUUGCCACUGUAUUUCUUCAACAAGGUUCUAACCAUUAUGAAAGUGCUCUACAUUGCUAUCUUCAAGCUGUAGAUAUUGAUUCCAAAGAUUCUGUUGUGUGGAAUCAGCUUGGAACAUUAUCAUGCUCAAUGGGAUUAUUGAGCAUCUCUCGAUGGGCAUUUGAGCAAGGCCUUUUAUGCAGCCCUAACAACUGGAAUUGCAUGGAGAAACUUUUGGAAGUUCUUAUUGCUAUUGGUGAUGAAGUAGCUUGUCUUUCAGUUGCUGAUUUAAUUCUAAGGCAUUGGCCUUCACAUUCUCGUGCUUUAAAAGUCAAACAUGUGAUUGAAGAGUCUGAACCUACUCCCUUUUCUCCAAGAGGUAUAGACAAAUUGGAACCACAUCAUGUCAGAUUGAAAUUUCUUGACAAAAGAAAAGCAACAAAUCAUGAUCUAAAUGAUAAUGGGACAACCAAAAAGUCAAAUCAGAAUACAAUCUUGCACCUUUCGGAAGCUUCUUGGAGUGCUCUAGCUGGAGAGCUUUUAAAGAUGUUGAUUCCUUUGAAUGAUUCUAAUAAAUCUGCAGACUUUAGAUUAAUCAUACGUAUGCCUUGUAGUUCAGAUAACCCAAUAAAGGAAAAAGAAGGAGUUAAUGGCUCCUCAAUUCCUGCUAACACAGAGAGUAAUAUGAAUGAAGAGCAACACCAAGAAAGGCGAAGCAGUCGUCUUGAAAGACUUAGGAGUCGAAAACCUGAUAAGGAAGAAUCAGAUUUCACACCCACUAAAGAUUUAGUCAAACUUGUUCCCCAAUUUCUGGAGCCAUUUAUCAUGGGUGAAUCCAGAAUUACAAAUCUCAGAAUGGAUUCAGAGGAUACAACCGAUACCCAGAAUAAUGAGUCCAUUGAUGUUGCUCAGUUUGUUCAGAAAACAUCAAAAAACUAUGGUGUAUAUCAUGUAGCAGGCAUGCUCUUAGAAGAGGUUGGAUGUAGAAGGAUUUCUUAUCAGGAUACAUGUGAGAAGUUUCUAGAGUUAGAAGAAUUGACACGGAAUUUAGGAGAGAGUAGAACCCCGGAAUGCAGUCUUUUUCUUGCUGAGCUGGCGUAUGACUUUGGGAUACGAUCAUCAGACGAGUCGAUUCGCUCUGAUUUCAUGUUGAAAGCAUCUUAUCAUCUUUGUAAACUCAUUGAAUCGGUAGCUCUGAAUGAUGUAGAUGUGUCUGCAAUUGGUUCUUUGUUGGAUAAUAAACGGGAUUUUUGGGUUCGUUUUUUUUGGGUAAGUGGAAAAUUGUCAAUUUUUAAUGGUGACAAGGAAAAAGCCCGAAAAGAAUUUGGUGUUUCUUUGGCCUUGUUAACAAACACAGAUAAGGAAAGGAACAGUCUUGUUUCCAUUAGUCUUCCACACCUGAAAGUAAUGAACAAGCUGACUGUUGAUCUUGUUUUGCAUGAAAUUAACCUUUUAGAGGUUGAUUUUUUGAUGAAAAAUAGUGUAAAUGAAAUGAUGGAAAAAGGGUUGCAUUUAGAGUGCGUUAACUUGCUAGCUCCUCUUCUAUCUUGCAUGAAAGAUGAUCAUGUUUCUGGUUCAUCUUUUGAAAAAGAUGGUGAAGGGGCUGAUUCGGCUGAAUUAUCUGCUCUAAAUGUUCUAAUUAAAGCAUGUGAAAGCUUAAAACCAGUGGAUGCAAAUGUUUAUUUGAGAUGCCACAGACAGAGACUAAAACUUCUCAUGGCUGCUACUGGUGUGGAAGAGGGUUUUGGUUCCCAGAAAUCAUCCAAUGAAAGUGAAUUAAGCAAAAACUCAACCACAGACUUGCAUCCCCUUUUAGCUGAAGAAGUAAAGGCAAUUUCCCAAUGUACACAGGAGAUGAAGAACUCCAUCAUUCCUUGUGGAAGUAUUAAUGGCUCUGUUAUUCCUUUGAGAAUCAUUGGUGAUAUUCAAUCUUUGCUGCUAGCUGUUAUGUGUCAUAUAGCAAACAUAUGCUUCUCCAAGAAAUCCAUAGAAGUGGACAAUCCAGAUGAUGAUCAAAAAAGGCAAAAAUGUUGUUUUGUAGAUGCUGCUAUUGCAUUUUUCAGACUUCAACAUCUGAACCCAAAUAUUUCCAUCAAAACUCAAAUUGAAUUGAUAAUUGCAAUCCACGAGAUGCUUGCUGAGCAUGGCAUCUGUUGUGCCAGUGGUGAUGGAGAAGAAGAUGGGGCCUUUCUUAAACUUGCCAUAAAGCAUCUUUUGCAUUUAGACAUGAAACUCAAGUCUAUAAACAAGGGUCCUGAGUCAACUCAGUGUGGUGAUGAGCAAGUUUUACAAGAAGGGUAUGCUAAAAUAUCUGGGAAUGAUUCAAAUGUGGAAGUGGCUCCAAGUGAUCAAUUACUAGAAUCUGGAAAACAACUAACUGAAGAGGAAAAAGAGGAUCUUGAGAUUGAAAUAGAUACUGCUCUUGAUCAAUGUUUUUUUUGUUUAUAUGGUUUGCAUCUUAGAUCUGAUUCAUCAUAUGAAGAUGAUCUUGCUAUGCACAAAAAUACAAGUCGUGGAGAUUAUCAAACAAAAGAACAAUGUGCUGAUGUUUUCCAGUAUAUUCUGCCAUAUGCUAAGGCUUCAUCUAGAACUGGAUUGGUUAAACUGCGAAGAGUAUUAAGAGCCAUACGUAAACAUUUUCCACAACCACCUGAAAGUGCAUUGAAUGGAAAUGCAAUAGACAAAUUUUUAGAUGACCCAAAUUUAUGUGAAGACAAAUUGUCUGAAGAGGCUGGAUCUGAUGGUUUUCGGGAUACCAUAAUGAAUAUUAUAUAUCAAGAUUCUUCAAUUCUUAAGCAACACCCAACAAAUCUAGAGAGGUCUGAGCCAUAUAUGGAUGUAUAUGGGAACUUGUAUUAUCUUCUUGCACAAUCAGAGGAAAUGAGUGCAACUGAUAAAUGGGCUGGAUUUGUGCUGACUAAGGAAGGUGAAGAGUUUGUACAACAAACUGCAAAGCUCUUUAAAUAUGAUUUACUCUUUAAUCCAAUGCGCUUUGACAGCUGGCAACGCCUUGCUACUAUUUAUGAUGAGGAAGUGGACUUGUUGCUGAAUGAUGGAAGCAAGCAGAUAAAUGUUACAGGGUGGAGGAAGAAUGCAACUUUUGCUCAAAGAGUUGAUACAAGUCGAAGGAGGAGUAGGCGUUGUUUGUUGAUGACUCUGGCUUUAGCCCAAACACCCAUCCAGCAGGGAGAGAUUCAUGAUUUAUUAGCAUUGGUGUAUUAUGAUGGCCUUCAGAAUGUGGUCCCAAUAUAUGAUCAAAGAUUAAAUUUACCACUAAAAGAUGCUGAAUGGAAAAUGUUCUGUGAGAAUUCCAUGAAGCAUUUUGAGAAGGCCUUUGCACAAAAGGAAGACUGGUCUUACGUAUAUUACUUGGGAAAACUUAGUGAAAAGCUUAAAUACUCACGUGAAAAAUCAUUUGCAUACUAUGACAAAGCUAUUGCUUUGAAUCCAUCAGCUGUAGAUCCCUUUUACAGAAUGCAUGCUUCACGCUUGAAGUUACUCUGGUCAUGUAGCCACAAUGACAAGGAUGCCUUAAAGAUUGCUGCAAUGUAUUGUUUUAAUCAAUCGACAAAGGAAACUGUUAUGAACAUUCUUGAUAAAUCCAAUCCCCAAAAUACCCCUGAUGAUACGUGGCACAUGCUUUACAACGAUUGUCUUUCUGGCCUACAACUUUGUGUGGAAGGGGACCUGAAACAUUUUCACAAAGCUCGAUAUAUGCUUGCUCAAGGGCUAUACAGAAAGGGUGAGAGUGGGGAUUUAGAAAAGGCAAAAGAUGAACUUUCAUUUUGCUUCAAGUCUUCCCGAUCUUGUUUUACAAUCAACAUGUGGGAAAUUGAUAGUACAGUCAAAAAAGGAAGGCGUAAGACACCUGGCAGGAUCCUUGAAGUUAAUUUAGCAGAAAGUUCUCGUAAAUUCAUAACUUGCAUUAGGAAGUAUAUUUUGUUCUACAUGAAGCUUUUGGAAGAAACUGGGGAUAUAUCAACCCUUGAACGAGCUUAUAUUUCUAUUCGUGCAGAUAAAAGGUUCUCAUUGUGCCUUGAAGAUCUUGUUCCUAUAGCUCUUGGGAGAUACAUUAAGGCACUGGUAUCCUCCAUCAAUCAAAUUGAAAGUGGCACAAAUAUUGAUAACAUUGCUUUAGAGCAUCUUCUAGAGAAAAUGUUGUGUUUGUACAUAGAACAGAUGAAUUUGUGGUCCGAUAUUUGCAAUUUGCCUGAGAUCAAGUGCCCAGAUUUAUCCGAAAGCAGCUUAUUUGGAUAUCUCUUCAAGUAUAUCCAAAUACUAGAGAAAAACUGCAAAUUAGAAGCACUCGAGGGCAUAAACGAAAAGAUAAGAAAACGCCUAAAAAACCCAAAAUUAUCAAACACAAAUUGUGCUAAAGUUCAUAAACAUGUCUCCAUGUCUUGGUGUAGAUGUCUAAUCAUUAACAUGGCUUCAAUCACACCACUAAAUUCCCGAUUUUUAACCGAACCCCAAAUCCCACCUCUCUCAGAUACCACCACAAACAACCAACUCCUUUGCAUCGACAUUCUUACAGACCAAUUAUGGCAAUCAACUUUCGAGGAUACAAAUACAAAUACAAAUACAAUUACAAUUACAAUUACAAAUCAUUUGAAAGCUAUGCAAAGUAAAUGGGAUUCUUUGUUGUUGAAAGUCAAAGAUGUUGUAAUCAAGAAACCCUUGGAAGAAAAUUUGGAAGCUGCUACUGUGCUACUUAGAUCUGCUUAUAACUUUUAUCGGGAUGCCACGUGUGCGGUGUUGCCAUCUUGCUUAAAUCUUUAUGCUGUGCCAUGUCAGCUGUUGACCGAAGGUCAUAUUGAGUCAAAUCUGCAUUCGGUUGACAUUCUUGAAAUGAAUACUCAAAAGAAGCUUCUUUUGUGGGCUUACGCUUUGUUGCAUGGACGUUGCAUCACCAAUGUGUCCAUGGUUAUUAAGUAUUGUGAAGAGACUGUAAAGUUGAAGAUGAAAAAGGGUGGUGGAAGUACAUCUACUACUCCCACCAUGCAUUCUGUUAUGGCUUAUCAGACAGGUGUAGUAGGCAAGGACGUUGUCGGCAUUUCUGGUGCAAAAGAGACCACCACACUAAACGUGGACCCCACUUCUCUCACUGAAACUAAAAAUCCCGAAAAUGCCCCUAAUUGCGAUGAGGGGUCUACAUCGUUGCAAGAAAUCGAAAUCACGCCACCUGUUACCCAAAACCACACUUUUUCAUCAGCUGUCCCACUUAUGGUUCCUUGCAACAAUUCUGAUGAGCCACAAGGACCAGAUUCUGCCAAAACUUGAUGUUUUUGCAUUUUUUUUUUCUUUGUAUAAAGUGUUGUGAGGGAAGAUAAUUUUGUUAAAAGUGAUGUAUAUUAGUUGUGCCAUAUAUAUAUAUUUUUUAAACUCAAAUG